AUGGAGGGAGAACAUCAAUCGACGACCGUUAUUCAGUUUAACGACGCUGGAAACGCCAUCGACAGUGCUACUUUCAGAUUGUUUGCAGAUAAUUUCGUCGGCAUAAACUUAACGUUUAGGAACACAUACAACUUGCCAUUACCGAGCAAUGAUGCGAAGAAGGUAUCGGUGGCACCGGCGGCGGUAGUCAACGGGGACAAGGUGAUGUUCUACAGCUGCGGUUUCAUAAGCGUUCAGGACACAUUGUGCGACGGAAUAGGCCGCCAUUAUUUCUUCAGCUGCGACAUCGAAGGAGCUGUCGACUUCAUUUGGGGAAGAGGCCAAUCCGUAUACAUGAGAUGCCGAAUAAACGUGGCAGGGCGAUUAAUGGGAGGAACACCAGGAUUCAUCACAGCACAAGGGAGAGAGAGCGAACAAGACACAAGUGGGUUUGUGUUCAUAAUGUGCGGAAGAGCUUACCGACGGUACUCUCGGGUUCUCUUCUCUCGUACCAUAAUGUCCGACAUCGUUGUCCCCCAAGGAUGGGAUGCUUGGAAUUACGCUGGCCAAGAGCAAACGAUCACCUAUGCAGAGGUGAACUGUGAGGGACCGGGAGCAAAUAAGAAGGGGAGAGUCAAAUGGGAGAAGACUCUUCCUCCUGAUGAAAUCAAUUUCCUUAAAAGCCCUAAAACUUUCAUUGACGCCGAUAAUUGGAUGGAGCAACUUCCUGUCUCCGCCAAGCUCCCCAUGUACUAG